AUUUAUACACUCCUAUAUUUUCUAUUUUUCUUCUUUUUUCUUUUUUCUUUUUUCCCUUUUUUUUGUUGUUCUCCUCAUUAUAAACUAAAAUGAUUCUUACACAUCAGCGUGUCGAUGCUUUUAAUCGUUAUUUAAAUACAACAGUCGGUCGUGAAAAGCUUUGUCGACUUAUACAGUACUUUGCCCGCUUUUAUGCGUUUUAUUUAUUUCGUAAUGGAGCUCCUAAAGAUGUGAUUCAACGUUGGGUUGAUCUCAAGACCCAUCUUGGAAAUGGUCGUAAGUUUUUCCGUCUUCUAAAGCCUGUUGAAUUUGCACAAACAGGUAUAAAGAGUUUAGCUCUUAACGAUGAAAUUUUACGAUUUACUGCUGUUGCUAAACAGGCUGGUAUGUUUCUUUAUUAUAUUUCAGAAGCCUUUGUUUUGUCCAAUGCUAUCAAUUUUUAUAAACCAGCCAAUAUUAAACAAAUCACUGAACUUGGACAAAAAUGUUGGUUUGCUGCUCUUAUUGCUUCUUUAAUCUCGAGUGUAUACAAGUUUAAACAAUUAAGUGUACGUGAACAUAUGCUUGAAAAGUCACGUAAAGCUAUUGUUAAUACUGAAGAAAAGUCAGAAACUCAAAUUGCUGAAUUAAAAGCUCAAGAGAGUGCAUUAGCAAAGGAUAAAUAUAAUACCAAGUAUGCUUUCAUUCAAGAUGCUGUUGAUAUCAUAAUUCCUUCCACUAGUUUAGGAUAUUUAAAAGUAGAUGAGGGCAUUGUUGGUCUAGCUGGUAUGACUACAUCUUUUAUGGCAAUGGUUACUCAAUGGAAUAAAUUAAAUGGUUAACAACAAAGUUCAAUUUAUCAAUCUAAGGAAUAAGCUAUUACACUUGAAUAAAGUAUAUUUAUUACACCUUUUUUUCUCAAA